UGCAACAUUUUUGAGAAGAACAGAGCACCUGCGAAUACAUACUGGCGAAAGGCCAUAUAUUUGCGCAUACUGUGGAAUAAGUUUUACGAAAUACUCAACUCGUUAUGCCCAUGAAAUGAGGCAUAAAAUUAAAAAUGGCGAAAUUCCCAAAAGUGAUAAGAAACCCAAAAAAUAUACAAGGAGAAAACCUGAUGACCCCGCAGAAUUAGAGUGCACCUUAUGUAGCAAGAUAUUUUCUUCAAAACAAGCCCUUAGUGUUCACAUGCAAAUUCAUCUUGGAGAAAAAUCAUUUUUGUGUACAGUUUGUGGUAAAGGUUUCCUUCGAAAAAGCCACUUGGAAGUACAUAUAAGGAUUCAUACGGGAGAGAAACCAUAUGAGUGCAGCAACUGUGGCAAACAUUUCAGGCAAGCAGCUUGUUACAGAAAUCAUUUAUUGAUCCAUAAAGGAGAAAGAUCUUAUAAAUGUGAUGUUUGCCAAAGGACAUUUAUCCAAUUAGGUCAUCUGCAAACUCAUAUCAAAACGCACACUGGUGAAAAACCAUAUAGGUGCACUUUUUGUGGGAAAAGUUUUGCUCAAAAUGGAAAUUUAAAAGCUCAUACCAGAAUUCACACUGGAGAGAGACCAUAUCAAUGUUCCAUUUGCUAUAUAGGUUUUUACGAUUCAACCAGUAUGAAAAAACAUAAAAAGUCACAUGGAAAUACUGAAGAGACUGAUAGUAGCUUUAUAAGUAGUCAAUGAGAAUUUAUUAAAGUUGUUUAAAUUAGUUGCAUUUCUUGUUUAUCACAUAGUUGCAUUUGAAAUUAGUAAAUAAGGACAAUAAGCCCUUGUUUAUGAAAUAUAAUACUAACAACUCGAAUAAGCUAUGCCAAUUUUCUGUGAGACAAUAAAUUAUAAUUUUAAUAUGCAAUAUACAACCAAACACGCAAGAAUGGAAUGUGUUUAAAAAUAUUUUAAUAUAGAUAAAAUAACUACGUUUUUCACAAAUCUAAACAUCACUUUAAUAAUGAACACAACAUUAGAGAAUUACUAAAUCA